GUGGCGGCGGCGGUCAGUCCGUGACCUCGUGUAAGCUGGGGCGGACGGGGACGGUCGCCACGGGCCCAGGGUCGCGCCGCUCUGGGCCCAGGGUCGCGCCGCGCUGGGUCGGCGGCCACUGGAGCGGCUGAUCCCGUUCCAGACGGUGGUGACGACCGGCGCGGAGAGGACACGGCCGCCAGUCGGUGAUCGGACGGCAGGGAGCCAGGAGAGACGGGCGUGUACAAGGGCGAAGGACGACGGCAGAAGAAGGGGAAGGCGAAGUGACAACAGUGUAACGGAGAGGCUACUGGCGGUGGAGAGGACUGAGCAAUUCGCGUUCUAGGACGGCGAAGCGGUGCGGCUGAGCCGUCGAGGAGCGCCACGGGCGGACUGACAGAUCUGACGAUAGUGAACUCUAAAAUCGGUGAGCUCGGAUUCGAGGUGUGAAGCAAAACCAACAGAGGUGGGAACUGUGGAUAGACUCUGUCAUAACCACCGUCAUCACGGCUGUGAAAGACGAGGCUGCAGGCCGCCUCGGGCCAGAGCGGGCUUGUCGAGUGUCGAGUCGCGUGUCCCACCCGACAGGCCAGUAUAGCACGCGGCAGCCGCGGCCCCCAGACGACCUUGCCGUCGAGUCUCAGCUGAUCGGCCGUCCGCUCGACCGGCGGGCUCGGAACGCCCCGGCACAGCCUCCGGGCCGACCGCGACGCCAUGGCCGAGUUACGCCAGCAGCGGGCCGGGCCGCGCACGCCGCUGCUGCUGACGCCGCUAUUGCACCUGCUAACGACCGUGCACAGUGGAGCGGAACAGGUUUCAGGCGACGCGCUGGUGGACCAGCUGGUCGCCAAGCACGCGCCGUUGCUGUUCCUGCACCCGGACGAGCGGUGGUUUCCCGGAGACGUGCUCGAGUUCAUCUCUCACGUGCACGUGCAGGACGGCUCCGGCCAGCGCCGGCCGGUGGUGGACGCCAGCCUGCCGGUGGGCAGCCGCAGUCUGGACACACAUCUCGUCACCAGCCUGCCGCCAGGUCUGGGCACGGAACAGGUGCGUCCGCCGCCGCACCUGCGCGGCACCAGUCCGGCCACCCGCCCGGUACCCGUCUACGUGACGGUGUCACGGUGUGACACCGGUCAACCGACCGCCGAUCUUCUGCCCUCGUUCACGGCCACCUAUUGGAUGUUCCAUCCGUUCAGCGAGGGAAAGAAGGCCGCCGGCCGGCUGCGAGGGAGCCAUGUUGGCGACUGGGAACAUGUCAGUCUUCAGGUGCAGUACGGGGAGCCGGUCUCGCUCUACAUCUCGGCUCACGAGUUCGGAGCCUACUACAGCUACAACAGGGCCACCAACCUGUAUCAGUUUACGUCUCAGGUCAACAGGGGCGGCUUCCCAGUCAGUCCGCAGUACCCACCCACGCUGCAGGUGUUUCGGACGCACCCGGUGCUGUACGUGGCCCGCGGCUCUCACGGCCUGUGGCCCUCGGCCGGGACACACGUCUACAGCCGGCUGGCGCACUUGUCCGACGUCACGGCCGCCGGCACGCCGUGGAAGACGUGGCAGCAGCUAGAGCUGCUGCACCGCCGCCCGCCGCAGUGGCUCAGCUUCCUCGGCCGCUGGGGCAACCCGGCCGGCUGCUGGCACCUGCUCGGCGCGCUGUGCGCGCUCAGCGGCGGACCCACCGGCAUCCCGCUCAAAGAGGCCGACUUCCAGUGUCCGGCUGAGGUCGGCGCCGCGCCGGAGCCGGGCACCGGCAGGGGCCGCGGGUACCCCUCGCGCUGGGUGCAGCUCCUCGGCCGGCGCUGAGCGGAGAGCGUACCAACGGGUAGGGGAGGGCCACCUGGGACAAUGGAUAGACCACGGGUACGCUGUCGUGCGACAGUCACUAUCGUGCAUGGCAGGUCAGAUAGGCAUAUCGUGUCUAGCAAUGGAUACUACGCUCUAACAUUCCUCUGUAACAAGUGCAUCCAACGAGCUUCACAUUGGUCGGUAAAAAAACAAAAAUAUUCGGCAUGUUUUACCAGUAACCAGAAUCUAAGUGAAAUAAUUUGUCGACUGGAUGACUCUGUGCAGGCGGAGUAUAUUGCCAUUCAAACGAAGAAUGACCACUAACAAUGCAAUAAGCGUUUUAUGUUAAGUCACUUCAGCGGCUAUCGUCUAUCAUGUAGUCGAUAUACCAAACACGAAAAAAGAUAGAUGAUAGAUGGGGCCACCAGCAUGCAAUUUUACGAGAAAAAAGAAAUGUCCGUUGUUUUAAUUGCCGCGUACACAGCCCACGCGGGCAGCGUAUUCGAGGCCAUGAAACAUUUAUUCGCUUCAUGGUGGUCCCAGAUUGCUCGAAUUUGCCUUGUCGAAUGCACCACGGCAUGGCUGGCAUCUUUGUAAAUAGGAGUGUUUAUGCAACGAUCUCAGUCUCAUAUAGGUAUCGCUAACUUGCAUCGCAAAACUGCCAUUUCUCAUAUCAUCACGGUGUCGAGCAAGCGACUAGAAUCAUCAAUGACUAUGUCACGUGUUGAUAAAUAAAAAUCAAAUCGCUAUGAA